GCGGGAGGCGCGGAAACCGAACUGCGGCGCGCGGGAGGUGUCAUGGCAGCCGGCUGCUUGGAAGAUCCGUCCCUGGAGAGACACUUCAAAGGCCACAGAGAUGCUGUCACUAGUGUGGACUUCAGUCUCAAUAAGAAACAAUUGGCAAGUGGCUCGAUGGAUUCGUGCCUGAUGAUCUGGAGUAUGAGACCUCAGAUGAGAGCCUAUCGUUUUGUGGGCCACAAAGAUGCGGUGAUGUGUGUUCAGUUUUCACCUUCUGGUCACCUGGUGGCUUCAGGCUCUAGAGACAAAACAGUCCGUUUAUGGGUUCCCAGUGUCAAAGGAGAAUCUACUGUGUUCAAGGCUCAUACAGCAACUGUAAGAAGUGUUCAUUUCUCCAGUGAUGGCCAGUCGUUAGUUACAGCUUCUGAUGACAAAACAGUCAAAGUGUGGACGGUUCACAGGCAGAAGUUUCUAUUCUCACUCAGUCAACACAUAAACUGGGUUCGCUGUGCUAGAUUCUCUCCUGAUGGACGAUUGAUAGUGUCAGCCAGUGAUGAUAAAACUGUCAAACUGUGGGAUAAAACCAGCAGAGAAUGUAUACACUCCUUCUGUGAGCAUGGGGGGUUUGUGAAUCAUGUGGAUUUUCAUCCCAGUGGUACAUGCAUUGCUGCGGCUGGUACAGAUAACACAGUGAAGGUGUGGGACGUUAGGAUGAAUAGACUUCUUCAACAUUAUCAAGUGCACAGUGCUGUGGUAAACAGUCUUUCCUUUCACCCCUCUGGAAACUAUCUGGUUACUGCUUCCAAUGAUUCAACUCUUAAAAUUCUGGACUUGCUAGAAGGAAGACUUCUGUAUACUCUUCAUGGUCACCAGGGGCCAGCUACCUGUGUAGUGUUUUCAAGAGCUGGAGACUUAUUUGCCUCUGGAGGUUCUGAUGAACAGGUGAUGGUGUGGAAGACUAACUUUGAUGCAGUGGAUUAUGGUGAUGUACUGAAAACACAGAAGUCUGGCACUAGUGUCAAUGGGACCCAUCACACUCUGCAAUCAGAAAUGGAUUGUGGUGUUCAUCUUAAGAAAACAAAACCUCAGGAUUCUGGUAGGAACCAUGCACAGCAAGAGGAGGAGACCAGUCUCACAAAUACCUUGGAGCAUAUUAUGGGACAGCUGGAUGUUCUGACUCAGACAGUUUCCAUCCUGGAGCAGAGGCUGACACUCACUGAAGACAAGCUGAAGGAAUGUCUUGAGAAUCAGCAGAAAAUCAUUCAGAACAAAACGAGCUGAUUUCCUGAGAGAAGAUGGGAGCUGAAGGCGUUGGGAGGUUUGAGGUUGUUUGUGUUCCUAACAGACUGUGUGUGACUUGCUUUAACGAUUUUGAGCGCAAUCUAUUUUUCAGUUGGAAUGUACAGUUAUUGUAUCUGUAAAUAAGCUUUGUUACUUUACUAAAUAAAAGAAAUAUUUUAUUCAUAA